AUGGUCCCUUCCCUUGUUCCUGAUCUUGAGAUGAACGGACAACGAAGAAAAAAUGAGAUCCAGAAGAGAGCUGCAGACAGAGGACAGUGGGCCAGUAAAACAGAAUAUAUGCUGGCUGUUGCAGGAAAUGUGGUCGGCCUGGGCAACGUGUGGCGGUUUCCUUACCUCUGCUACAAGAAUGGUGGAGGGGCCUUUCUGGUGCCAUAUGGUCUGCUAUCUGUGGUGUUGGGGGUACCUAUGUUCCUGCUGGAGAGCUCAGUUGGUCAGUACACCCAGGAAGGAUUCGUCACCUGCUGGAGGAAGUUGUGUCCUCUGGCACAAGGAAUUGGAUGUGCACAAUUGGUGACAAGAAUGUACGACUUUAGCUACAUAUUAAUACAAGUCUGGGCUCUCUUCUACCUGGUGUUCUCGUUCAGAGCCCAGCUUCCCUGGGCCAGCUGUGAGAACACCUGGAAUACAGCGAACUGUGUGGAUUCUUCCUCAUCAAAUCUGACAGUAAAUCUGCAGAAAAACACCACCUCUGCUGCUUCUGAGUUUUGGGAACCUAAAGACUCAAUUUCAGUCACUGCUCAAGAGUCUGUAACAGCUGACUUAGCUGUCGAGUCAGGUCCAGGUUUGGCCUUCAUAGCGUACCCUCAGGCCACAGCUAUGAUGCCUUUUCCACAGCUCUGGAACGUCUGUUUCUUCCUGAUGCUCAUUCUACUAUCUGUUGACACACAUUUUGUGACAGUGGAGUGUUUUAUCACCACAAUAAGCGACUUGUUUCCGAAGCUGUUUCAUAAACCAGGAAGACACGAGUUGCUCGUCCUUUUCGUCUGCUCAUCUUUUUUCCUCGUACAUCUGCUGUUGGUCACCGAGGGAGGGAUUUACCUUUUCCAGCUGAUUGAUUAUUAUGGCAUCACCAGAGCGUGUCACUAUUUCAUGGCUUUAUCCGAGUGUCUGGCUCUGGCCUGGAUCUUUGGUGCUGAUCGUUUAAUUAACAUCAUUGAGGACAUGACAGGACAGAGACCAUCUGUUUUCUUCAAACUCUGCUGGAAAUACAUCAUUCCUCUGCUGUCACUGAUUUCCUUAAUCAUGUACCUGGUUGAUUACAAACACCUCAGCAUCAAUGACUGGUACACUUACCCUGACUGGGCGUAUGCACUGGGAUGGGCCAUGACAUUGUCCUCUGUUCUCAUGGUGCCACUGUGGGCAGCUGGACAGAUGUGUGUGACAGCAGGAACCUUCAGACAGCGUUUGUUCGUCCUUUGUCGUCCCACUGAAGAUCUGGACCGGCAGGAGAGAGACUUAGAAGACGAGGGGACGACUGUUGAACUCAGGACGUCUGCAGCCACAACUUAG